GUCGGACUUUAGCGAGGAGGCCGAGGCCAUCCUGGCCCUGCAUCGCCCAAGCAAGGGCGCCACCACGGACGCCGUCGCACGGCGCCUGAUCGCAGGUGCCCUAGACGGAGACACGGUCAUCACCAAAGAGCAGCUGCGGCAGAUCCGGGCGAAGAAGUUGUCAUCCUCGGCAGCUGCAGGAGGCUACGAGGCCAAGCGGAAGCCGCCGCCGGCACCGCCGAUGCCCACCUUGGGCUCCUCCUCAGACUCAGAGUCGGCGAGCUCCUUCAAGGCCCCCGCACCUGAGAAAGAGACGCCGCCUGCCAAGCGGCCGUCCCUCUCGGAGAGGCAGCCAGACACCAGGCCGAAGGACAGCAAGGCCAACCCCGGCGGAAGCCGGCUGCUUCAGGGUGCCUUGCGUGGCGUGGUCGGGGCGUCUCGAAAGAAGGACGCAGGGCCGAAGCCCACGAAAGGCGAAGUUGGCAGGAAGAGCGAGGAACGUGCGCCGAAGCCACAGGGACCCCGCAAUGCGCUGUGGUGUUAA